AUGCAAGAAGAAGAAGAGGAUCAAGUGGGGGUGUUGGAAGAGGAAGAGGGAGGAGAGUUGGGGGGGAAAAUCAUAACAAUACGCCAUUACGGUGUAUCGGGUACCUCGUCUUCCGCGGGACCCCCCGCCAAGUGCUUCUCGUGGGCUGAAGGCGAAUUUCAUGGGCCGGUCAUUUUCUGGAGUCCCAGCCUGGUUGUCAGCCUCAUCGCUGGCCUUUUUCGCAUCAGCGCUACCUGCGGCUCUGCGAGGCGGUUUUCGGGUCUCGUGCAGCCUGCCUGGCCGAAGUACUGGAUACUUUACAUCACCCGCUAUUUUCCCGUAAUCUGCACGUACCAGGGACUUUUAGUGUAUGGUCACGAUGAUCAUGAUCAUCCGCGCUUGGCCCAUCUGACCGCACUUUUCUUUGUUUACUUCCUAUCGCGGUCGUCUCUUCUGCCUAGUGAGCAAGCCUCUCGAUCACGGCGCCCACGUGUACAGAUACCGGUUGUCAAUAGAUGCCAAGGCUGUCCCUUCUGGUCCCAGACAGCAUACUUAGCGGCUGCCAUUUGGCAGGAGGACCUAAAGAGGAGCGGAGCUAAGCUAAAACGCGAGUCUCGUGAAGAGUUUCCAUGGGAUUCGGCCCCCUCUAAAUCCGUCAACAUUUAG